UUGGGCUGCAGGAUCACAGCCACCACUGGGGCCGCUGUUGCUUUCAUUGGCCUCCACACCAGCUCCUUCACCAGCUCCCUAAGCCUGCGCUACUUCACCUAUGGGAUCCUCUUUGGCUGUGGCUGUUCCUUCGCCUUUCAACCAUCACUCGUCAUCCUGGGCCACUACUUCCAACGUCGCCUAGGUCUAGCCAAUGGUGUGGUGUCUGCAGGAAGUAGCAUCUUCUCCAUGUCAUUCCCCUUACUCAUAAAAAUGCUGGGGGAUAAAAUCAAGCUGGCCCAAACCUUCCAGGUGCUGAGUACCUUCAUGUUUAUCCUUACGCUGCUCUCACUCACUUACCGACCCCUCCUGCCCAGCUCCCAGGACACCCCAAGCAAGAGAGGUCCCCACACCCUGCGACAGCGCGUUCUGGCUCAGUUCAGAAAGUACUUCAACAUGCGUGUGUUCCGCCAACGCACCUACCGCAUCUGGGCCUUUGGGAUCGCUGCAGCUGCCCUUGGUUACUUCGUCCCCUAUGUACACCUGACUAAAUAUGUUAGAGAAGAAUUCAAGGAAAUCAAGGAGACCUGGGUGCUCUUGGUGUGUAUUGGGGCUACCUCAGGCCUUGGACGUCUUGUGUCAGGCCACAUCAGUGACUCCAUUCCUGGACUUAAGAAGAUAUACUUGCAGGUCCUCUCAUUCCUGCUCCUGGGCCUGAUGUCCAUGAUGAUCCCCCUGUGCCAGGACUUCUGGGGCCUUAUCGUUGUCUGCCUCUUCCUGGGCCUGUGUGAUGGUUUCUUCAUCACCAUCAUGGCUCCCAUUGCAUUUGAGCUGGUGGGACCCAUGCAGGCUUCACAGGCCAUUGGCUACCUCCUGGGCAUGAUGGCCCUGCCGAUGAUUGCUGGGCCUCCCAUUGCAGGCCUCCUUCGAAACUGCUUUGGUGACUACCAUGUGGCCUUCUAUUUUGCGGGUGUACCCCCCAUCAUUGGGGCUGUUAUCCUCUUCUUUGUUCCUCUGAUGCAUCAAAGGGUGUUCAAGAAAGAGCAGAGAGAUUCCAGCAAGGAUAAGAUGUUGUCCCACGAUCCCGACCCCAACGGAGAACUGCUGCCAGGCUCCCCAGCUCCUGAAGAGCCGAUUUAAUGCCUCUGUCUUGCCAGUGUGUGCUCCUCCCCACCCUACCCCUCCAUCUCACCCUGCUCAGCAUUUACAUUUUUGCCACCAGCACACUUGUUCCCAAACCUGUGCACACAGCAUUUCAGCCACCUGACCAUCUCCUCUGAGCCAACGCUCUCAGUGUUCCAAACUCAUUAACCAAAUUCUCCCUAUGAAUGCCUUGAAACUUGCCAGGCCCUUCUCCCAGGAUCUGGGAAAACGUGGGAUCACCCUCUGGCCUUUGGAUCCUCUCCACAUACUUUUUAGCCCCCUGGGGUGGGGGGAGGAGGAGGAGGAGGAGGAUGGAACCUCUGGCCCCAGCCUGUUAGUUACCCACUACAAUCCACUGCCAAAGGUGCUACUGUGUCCCCAGAACCCUGUGGGAGAGACCCAAGCCUCUGCUGAGGAAUUUGUUGCCAUCCAUCCUUGGGAGCCAUUUGGAGGUCAUGGGAAGGAAGGCCAAAAGAGACAAGGACCUUGUUUUUGCAUCAGUGCUCCUAAAGGCUCUGUGGCAUCCCAUGAUAUGGUUGGUUAACCAUCUGCUUCCCUUUUCCCUUCCUUUUAUUUUCUCUCUACUGCCUCCUGUCCAUUUUCUUCCCCUCUAUUUCUUAUUCCUGCCAUAGUCACAUAGGUGCUUGAAGAAAGGAGGGAACCCAGAGCUUGGGCCAAUCAGCUUCAUUUGGGCCCAGAUAAUCCCUAACACUAACAUUAAUCCUGCUCACCUCAGGCAGAGCUACAUCUCAUUUGGGGGCUCAAACUGAUAUAAUUAUGGACUGGAAGAGCAGGUAUCGAAUAGGGAAGGGAUCUUAAACACUACAUAGUUCCAUCUACCACUCACUGAUUUUUGACACAUUAACCAAGAGGCCUUCCCAGCUUCCCAUCCUUGUAGCCACCUGUCAAAUGUGAAGAAAUUCCUUUCAUCUCAUCAGAUACAGGAGGAGCGAUGACAGUGCACUGGCAUGAUGGGGGAGGGGUGCUGUGGUUAACAACUUGGUGAAGGACCAACUUCUUGAUCUCUCACUUUUGUAACAGGUCAAUAUUUCUACCUGGGCCAGGCCAGGAAAUGAACUGAUUCAAAAAAAAAAUAGAAAAAAGAAAAAAAUUUUCAUUGUGUACCUUGAUCCCAAAAAGACAUAGGCAGCAACUGCACACAUGGUUGGACAAUUUCUUUUAAGGGGAAGCCACCUAGCCUUUACCACCCAGUCUGUCCUCUCCUCCCCCCCAUUCUGGGCAUCCUGGGCCACUCUGCUGAGUGGGCAUUACAGGUGCCAGAAAAAGUAGGCUCUGGACCACCAUCAUCCCUUUGAAGUUGGUGCCAGAUACCUCCCUCCACCCAGGCUCUGGGCAACAGUCUUACUACAGAGCAUUCCAAGUGCCCCUGGCCAGAGGCAAAGGGCACUGCCAGCCUUGUCCAGUUGCACAGUUCACCUCAUUAGGAACUCAGCUUCUCUCUUCCCUGUCUUUGUGUGUCUCUCUCCUCUCUAGGCCUUUGUUUAUUGUGUUCCUGUACCCAACCUUUCAUCAUCUUUUGCCAGGCACCCCUGGCUGUUACUUGGACCCAACAAUAACUUGCCACCCCAAGCCAGGGUCAUCCCAAGGCCAGGAGGAUGAGGUUGCUCUGAGGGGCUCCAAAGAAUACAAUGGUCCCCACACAUGAGUUUUUCCGUUACUAACAGGCAGCUGGGGCAUAGUUGGCCUCUGAUGUUUCAUUCAAGGCCAAAGUCCUGAGCCCCCCUCCGCUGGUCCCAGUCCAGCUCUUAUCAACUCCCCAAAGGAAAACCCAUUGGUUCUUGGCUCUGAGGACAGGAAGGGGUGGAGUUACUGUCCUGUCAGCUCAAGCAUCUUUGGAACAGGAGAAGCUGGGCCCCAGGAGCCCUGUGACUCCCAAGAGAGGCCAUUGAAAAUACUAGAGCAACAGUGCCUCUGCUUCUAUUCCUCUUGCCCCACCCCUGCAGGCCACUUGGGGAGGGGGCAGUGAGUGUGCAGGGCCUCCUUUGUUGCUCAUGGCUAGAUAGCUCUUAAGAGUCAGGCUGCCACUCACUUCUCUCCAGAUGAAGGAAAGACAUCCACAGGUCCCAGAUCUGCCCAUUCAGAUGUCACCUAAGGUUGGCAGGAUGUCAAUUUACUUUUUUCACGCAUAUGUGUGUGCACGUGUGGGCUUGUGUGCUUUCCGAGAGACUGUUGUUUGGCCCAAGCAUCACAGUAUUACUAUUUAGAGUAGGAAGCAGCCUCUUAGGCACCACAGUUAAAAGUAAAGGAACGAACAAAAUGUCAGAGCUUGAGACCUGGGACAUUUAAAUCCUCAAGGGGUUUGGAACAAAAUAAA